ACACGUUGUACGAACACGUUGUACGAACAGAGCAUGGCACGUCUUAUACGCUCUCUAAGGCAAUGGCCGCCGUUGCAGCUGCAGCAGAAGUACCACUGCUGCUCCCGAAUACUUACAGUAUCAACUAAAACCCCUUCCCAUUGUUUCUCUUUCGCCAUUUCAACUUCCUCCCGUGGGAACGCUCGUCAACGCUCACGAGGAAUCGGAUUAUCCAAUGCCCCAUCUCCAUAUAAGGUCCAAGAAAUUGAAACCGGCGACGAUUCGGAAUCCGAUGUAAACAAGAGCCGCAACCAGAAGAAGCGCGAGGCUCGUCGCGCCGUCCGUUGGGGCAUGGACCUUGCUUCCUUCUCGACCCCUCAAAUCAAACGUAUCCUCAGAGUGGCUUCUCUCGAACAAGAUGCCUUUGAUGCUUUGAUGUUAGUUAAGAGAUUAGGCCCUGAUGUUAGAGAAGGAAAGAGAAGGCAGUUCAAUUAUAUUGGGAAAUUGCUGCGAGAAGCAGAUCCGGAAUUGAUGGAAGCUUUGAUUCAAGGUACAAAAGUGGGUGACCAGAAAACAUUACAGGCUUUAUCUGGUUCAAAGACACAAAUCGUUGAAGAAGAAGAUGAUGAAGAUCCAUUCGAAUAUACUUCACAAGAGUUCAUUAACAUUGCAAAUAGAUGGUUUGAUGGGCUGAUCAGCAAGGACAUUGAAAUCACAAACGAAGUAUUUUCGGUUAGCAGUGUCGAAUUUGAUCGCCAGGUAAGCAAACCAAGUUAUAUGUCUCUCGUAUGUUGCCGAAGUUCUCUUGUACACACUGCUUUGAUCGGUAUGUUAGGCAUGCAAAUCUGUCUAAAUUCUUUGCCUGGAUGCUCAUCUUUUUGCUUUUAUGUUCAUUCACCAUGUUGUUAAACUGUUACCGGCACAGAGUACUCUUCAUACACAACUUAAAGCAUCUCAACUAACUCGAACAUAGAGGAAUUAAACCCCAACCAUAAGAAAGAUUUGAUUGAAUCAUUUGCAGUGCUCCUUACACCUGCAACCUAUAAUUAUA